GAACUGAUGACAACUCUUAGCUACGGUAAGUCCGUAUAUACUGUGACUUCUGUAACACCAUAGUCUCAAACUCUCGAUGAUGAGAGGAAACAGUACAAAUACCAUACAAAGCCUUCUCAAUCUACAAUAAAAUGAAUGAUCAAGACUCAUUUUCACAACUCGUUCCCUGGAACAAUCCACCAACUCAUCAGACCAAACAUCUCCUCCCUCUCUCCUGAAUCACAUACCAUCACAAUGGCAGACCGCUACGUCGCAAUCCACGCCGACCCCAAGGGCCCAGGCGACGCCCGCCCAACAGCAGAACAAAUCGUCCGCGACGAAAACCUAGUCCCCUCAGGUCUCGCCUCCAAAACGGCCCUCAUCACAGGCUGCUCCGCCGGCAUCGGCACAGAGACCGCGAAAGCCCUCUACCUCGCCGGCGCAACCCUCUACCUAACAGCCCGCAACCUGGCCAAAGCCCGCAAAGCCCUCGGCGACGACCUCGUCAACGACACAGCCCGCGUCCACCUGCUGGAACUCGACCUCGAAUCCUUCGCCAGCGUCCGCGCCUGCGCCGCCGCCUUCCUCGCCAGCACAGAUAAGCUCGACAUCCUCAUCUGCAACGCCGGCGUAAUGACCCCGCCCGAAGGCCGCACAAAGGACGGCUUCGAGACGCAGUUCGGCACAAACCACCUCGCCCACUUCCUCCUCUUCAACCUCCUCCAACCCGCCCUCCUCAAAGCCGCAACCCCAUCCCACGCCUCCCGCGUCGUCAUAGUCUCCUCCGUAGCCCACCGCUUCGGCCAACCAAACUUCGCCAACAUCAACUUUGACGGCUGCUACGAUCCCAUGGCAACCUACGCCCAAAGCAAAACCGCAAACCUCUGGACCGCAAACGAAAUCGAGCGCCGGUACGGAAGCCAGGGCAUCCACGCCCUGAGCCUGCAGCCCGGAGGCGUCAUCACGGAGCUGAUGCGCCACAUGCCCGAGGAGCAGCAGGGCGGCUUCGCCAAGCACCCGUACCUCUCAAAGAUCUUCAAGACGGCGCCGCAGGGGGCCUCGACGUCCGUGUGGGCCGCCACGGCGGCCGCGCUCGAGGGGAAGGGAGGGCUGUACCUCGAGGACUGUCAGAUUAUCGGGCCGUGGGACCCUGCUGGGGAGCCGUGGGGGCCCGGGUACGGCGAGCACGCGUAUGACGUUGAAAAGGCUACUUUGCUUUGGGAGAAGUCGCUCGAAUGGGUCGGGUUGUGAGGUGCUGUUGGCCAGUGAUUCUCUUGGCGGACAACUCACUCCGAUGUUUCCUAUGCCCCUCAUUAGCUUCCGUGUGCGUGAGCUGCUGUAGAAGACUGACAGAGUGCAUUUUGAAGUUAAAA